AUACUGUUUAUUAAUACCAUUCGCUCGCUGCUUUCACUUCCCAGCCUACCCCGUUGCUGUUACCCCAUCGACCAAGACCACAGUACACAAAAAGCCUUUUAUUCGUCACGCCGCCUUAUCGCCGCGAAUCGCCCUGGUCUCGUUCUCACACGACGUUUGAAAUCUGGGCUGCGUCAAGAGACCCACAACAGCAGCGUGCGCACGCAGGGCAACGUAGAUACACACGUCGUAUCAACAUAAUCAUGUUUUGUCUACGAAGCUGGAUACCCGUGCUUUUCUUCUUAUUACGGACGCAGGCCUCCCCCGUCUACCUCGUGCUCUUCAUCUCAGCCACAUACUUCCUAAACCGGCCAUGCGUUUAUUGUUCGCUCCUUCUCUUCAUUCUCGUCGUUGCGCUCUUCGAUUUUCACACACCAUGGUUCGACGCGCCGCUUUCGGACAGUGCAGAGCUGGCGCUCAAUGGCACCGUCACCGAGACAGCCAGUGUCUUGGUACAGGCUGCAAACCAUACGGCACAGGCAGUAGUGAAGAAUGCAUUCGAGGGUGUAAGGGACAAGAUGGGCAUGGGACAGGCGAGCGAGGGGCAGAGUUAUGAACUGGUCAAGGGCCUGCUAGGGAAAAAGGAAUGGCGCAUACAGUGUUUGGAUGUACUCAUUCGGAUUUGAGGCGGCCAUGGCCAUGAUAAGAGAGGGAGGGUUAUCUUUGGCAAUACCGAGGGCUGCAUGGCGUUUAAUACAAGACGAAUUGGAAGGAUAUGAGAUCACUGCAUAAUUGGGCGUGAACUGAGCAUUUAUACGGCGCCAAUCGGAUUACCACAAUAUAGGCUCCUUCUCAGCUGUUUUAUCGACUCUUGCUAUA